AUCAAUGGCCACUAGGACCGGACCAGAGACAAUAUUCGUAAUCUGGCAAAUUCUGCUUUUCGUUUGUAGGUUAUGUUUAGUGGUGAAUUGUCAAAUUUAGUGUUAAAUAUUUCCCUGGAAACCUUAUAGAAAUGGAGUGGACUACACCCAAACGUUUUACUUAUUAGUAAUCGUGAGAUUUUGAACUUCAUUGAAUUGUAUAUGAAAUUGUAAUCCUUUCGUCAUAAUGGCUGUGUAGAUUGCCGUGUCGCUUGACAUUGAGAUGUGAUUCCGAAAGUUGAUACGCAUUUUACGAUAGGAAAACUAUAAUCGUUGUGAGCUCACAAUAGUUCUUAUGCAUCACGAAUGAUACCAGUACACAACUCUGAGUACACCAAUUAUAUCAAGAUGACGUCGAGUCAACUGUCCGUUAUUAAACUUUACAAUACCGUAGUAGAUGACGUUAUAGCCGGAGUGCGGGACUGUUUCUUAGAUGACGGUGUGGAUGAGCAAGUGCUGCAGGAGUUAAAACAGUUAUGGAAGACCAAAUUAACUGACAGUGGCGCGAUGGAUCCGCCUCCGUUGGAACCGGCGAUGCCGCCGCCACCAGUGUUACAAAAUUUUCAAAAAGCAAAUGGGAGCAAUGCGAUACAAAAACGUAUUCCGGAUGCGCAUAUGGCGCAGAGCUCGAGCCAUUCAAGUUCAGGCGCGGAGCAUGGAGCACCGGGCCCCAACUUGGCAGGCACUCAUCCCCACGUUUUAGACCCCAGCAAUAAAGUUCCAGUGCAAUUGACUCUUCCGGCGCAGCCUGGUGUCCCAGGGUCGCAACCACGUUCUUUCACUAUUCAAAUUCCAGCCUCUGCUCUUAAUGGUAAUAAGCUUCACCAGGUAUUGACUGGGCCCAUAAUCAAUGCAACAAUUAGCUUACCGCAGCCAUUAGCUGCAACUCUUCUUCAACAACAUAUUAAUUCUGCACUAGCAGCGCAACAAAAUGAGUUUGAUGGUGGCGGGGGCGGCCGGAGUGGUGCAGCCCCAUUUUCCCUGGAUGGAGCACUGGAUUCUUCAGAUGAUGAAGGCUCAAAUGGAGGGGAGGGCUCAGAUGAUGCAGCAGGGGAUGAUGAUGAUGAUGAGGAAUCUGGAGAAGAGCCAGCAGAGGAGGAAGAGGAAGAGCGGGAUGAGGAUGGUGGUGCGGAAGAGGAGCCCCUCAACUCGGGGGAUGAUGUGUCUGAUGAAGAGCCUGGCGACAUGUUUGAUACCGAUAAUGUUGUUGUAUGUCAAUAUGACAAAAUUACUCGGAGUCGCAACAAGUGGAAGUUUUACUUAAAAGAUGGGAUAAUGAAUUUAGCUGGAAAAGAUUAUGUCUUUCAAAAAGCCAAUGGAGAUGCAGAGUGGUGAAAUUUUCUCCUACCAAAAAUACAAGUUAUGUGUAUUUUAAUGUGUAAGGUGUCUCAUGACUAGAAUAAUUCUUACCAAAUGAAUAUGUUUAACGGCAAGUGGUGAUCGAUAAUAUAUAUAUCUCAUGAUGGUAAUAGUGGACAUUUUGGCUCUUAUCAGGGAUUGUUCGCCAGGUUACUCAUUGAAUUUCCUAUUUAAGCCAUUAUAAGUUAUUUGCCAAGAAAUAUUUGAAAUACCUACCUAAUAUUUUUAAUAUUUAUUUACAAUGUUAUUGUUUUAUGAUUCACUCGCAAACAAUCAUUUGGUAUUUAUUUUCAUUUUCAAGAUUGCCUUAUUGAUAGAAUUUUACUUGCUAAAAUGCAAAAUGCAGAAAUUAAUAAUUUGAGAUUUCUAAUUCAGGGUAUUGGUUGAAGAAGAGUUUAGUGAGAAUAUAUUAACACACAGGAUACUUCAUUAUUAUUAGCUUCACUAAUUAAAUACCCAGUAAUAUUUUGAGACUUGUGUUUUUUUAUUUGUAACCAGAUAUCAAGAUCACUCUUGUGCCAUAACAAAAGUAUUUAAGAGCUGAAUUUAUAAAAUAUUAACUUUAUUUAUAGAAAGUAUAGAAACAUCUUGCUUGUUAACUAGAGAAUGAACAAUAAAUUAACUACCAAUAGAAUGUAACACCACAUAAUUUAGUGAAGCUAACUGGCAUUCAAGAAAAGACAAAGACUACUUUUGUUACAAGCAACACCAACCUAUGUGUUUCCAAGUUGCCAAUAAUUUUUCUAAUUAUGUUACUUUAGCAAGGACAGCACAAGUAACAAUGUGACACAUGCCGCUCGGAAAAAAGACUACCCUGACUGACCCAUCUUCAUACAGAUAUAAAGGAAAAGGUAAUCUGUCCUAAGGUAUUCCUUGUGCUAACUGUGCAGUACAAGAUGGCAAACUACUGAUUUUAAUAUUUGUAGAUAUCUCAUUCCAUUGUGUGGCCACAAUUUUAGUUAACACAUUCACUACCAGACAAAAAAGGGCGCACUACCCCAGAAACCGGUGGUCAAUAGCUGCGUACAAAACAACCGUUGUCUGAACAAAGUUCACGAGCGCCCACCAGGUGGGUUCCCGGCAGUGAAUGUGAUAACAAAAGUUAGAAUAGUAUAAUUCAUUUGUGAACAGACCCAAAUUUCUGUGUACAUCCUUGGCAUAUGAAAUCACAUACCAAGUAGACCCUGAGCCAGGAUUUUGAUGGUCAGUUUUAUUAAAGAAUGUGAAAAUUACUUCAUUUCACAAAAGGGAAUUUGUUUAUUUUACUGUAAGUAACUAAUGUACAUUUUAUGAUUUCCAUUGUUAUUAGUUUCUCUAAUUACACUAUCUUCAAUUACCUAAGUGUCCUAAGCUCCUAAGUAAAUAUAAUUAAUCUUAUGUAUUUUAAAUUUAAUCUAUUGGGAUAAUAUUACAGUUUUUGUUAUUUUGGUGUAACAAAUCUACUAUUAUAUUAAAAUCAUCAGAGUGUUUGCUUAGCAUAAACUUUUUAUCUAUUGUGUAACCAAGUAAACAUAUUGAGUUUUUGAUUUUAAAAUAUUGGGUAAUUGUUCUUUAAGGGUGUCUUGUGUAAAAACACACACAUGAAUUCAUGCUCUGAAUGUUUAGAGAUUUGUCUGAAUUAUUUCGUGAAAACUUUAAGAUCAUGAAUUCAUGGAUGUGCGGUAUCCCUAAUUAUUCGUGUUAUCUAUAUCGAAAUAGCAAACAAUUUAAGGGGCAUCCCACUUACAUGAUUUCAUGGUUUUAACUAAUGAUCUGAAUUUUUACGAGUCAUGAAUUUAAUUAGAUGAAUGUCAGAUUCGUGAUAUUUCAGAUAGAAUUUUGAAUGAAGAAAGAAAUCUGUCAUUGAACAUAGACAAUAAUCUGAGGUAAUGAGGAAAGGGGAUUUUGAAUUCAUGUGCUUAAAAUCCCUUAAAUUGGAAAUAACCUCGGAUGGAAAUGACCAGAGGGUCUAAUAGUACCGCGAAAAUGAAAUUUCGUUAGCUGCAUCUCCAUCGCUCGAAUAUGCAACAGUUAUCUAGAUGCAGAUAACGAGAAUUCGAUUUCCACAGAAGGGCCUCAGGGGCAUGAUUAAUGAGCUACAAUUUUCACGGAUGUAAACCGCUGAUGACACGAACUUGACCAAUGGUGUCAGGCCAUUCGAGUAAUGUUGCUGAUUUACACAUACAAUUGAACGGUUUAGCUUCAUAAAAUGGGGUCCAGAUUCGAUAUCUACAAACAAAUUGUUACAUAAAAGGAGUGUAAAAAAAAAAACAUUAGUUUUUUUAGUAUAUAUUGUGAUAUGAUCAAUAGUAUUUAAUUUUAUUAUAAAUUUUUAAUAGGUGGGUUAAACAAUAGGUACCUAUUUCGGAAGGUGUUCUGUGUAUGUGUUGUUCUGUUAAAAUUUUGUAGGUAGAAAUAAUGCAUCAACUUAGUUCUCAUUUAAGUUUCUUGCGGUUUGUGAUGAUUGAAAUUUUGGAGGAAAAUUGUAAUUAUAAUAAAAAUAUGUUACAUUA